UUCGCUCGACGAAAAAAGAGGGAAGAGGACAAGCCGAUCAGAAGAAGAAAGGUAAGCCAACACAACCAACGUCGACUCAGUCAAAAGAAGAUGGGACGACGAGCAAAGAACAAGCAGCCGCCUCCGGCGCCGUUCCGGGAACCUGGAUCCGCAAAGAGGGGAGCAGGACCGAAGAAGGGAGCAUCGGCCAGGUCUCAGCCUGCUGCCGCCAAGAAGGGAGCUGUUCCUGCAGCGCCGCUGUCCAAGAUCAAUGGAAAGGGGAAGCGCAAGGCCGACGAGUCUGACGACGACAGUCAAGACGAAUCUGUCGCUAGAGAACCGAAAAAGCUGGCAAGGACUUCAGCAAAGUCUGGUCUGAAAGAAGAGCGAGCCUCCAUCUUUGACGAGGACGAGGAAGAUACGGACGAGGAGGAGGAAGAGGAUGACGAUGACGAGUUCGAAGGACUGGAUGCCGUUGAUCUUGAUGGGAGCGACGAAGAGGACGAAUCAGACGACGAGGUGGAGUAUAGCGAUGUCGACGAAGACGCGCAAGGCGGCAGUGAACGAGACAGCGAAGAGGACAUUGCCGGCGAGGUCGAUGAUAGAGAGGGAGCCGAGCCAUUGGACACGGACGAAGAGAUGGCGGCCUUGGGCCUGCCAAAGAAGGGCACGAAGCUGAGCAACAAGCAGAGGAAGAAGGCGCUGGCAGAAGCGGAAAGGCUGGAAGAGUUGCUCAAGAGUCAGGGUCACUCGCUCGAGGAUGACGACGAGGCAGGGGAUCUAGAUGCCGACGACUUCGAGGGAGCUCUCCAAGAAGGCGGCGCUGAUGAGCAGGACGACGAUGAAGAGGACGAUGAUGAAGAGGAAGGCGAGGGAGAAGAGGAGGAUGAGGAUGAAGAAGGCAUGAAAGAUGACUUCAUUCUCCCGACGCUGGAGGACCGACUGCGGGAAAAGGAGCAGGGCGCGGACCUGCAGGUUGUGCAAAUGCGGAUUCACGAAGUUGUCGCUGUGCUCAACAACUUCAAGAAGCUCGCCACCGACGGCCGGAGCCGAAGCGAGUACGUGGAUCAGCUCCUCGACGAUGUCUGCAACUACUACGGCUACAACCGUUUCCUGGCUGAGCGCUUCUUCAACAUGUUUACGCCAUCAGAAGCUAUCGAGCUCUUUGAGGCAAAUGAGACACCGCGGCCCGUCACAAUCCGCACCAACACGCUCCGGACCCGACGCCGUGACCUUGCGCAGGCUCUCAUUAACCGAGGUGUCAAUUUGGAGCCAAUUGCGGGCAAGUGGACCAAGGUCGGAUUGCAAGUGUUCGAGUCGACGGUGCCGAUUGGUGCGACGCCAGAGUACCUCGCAGGUCACUACAUCCUCCAGGCCGCCUCUUCCUUUUUGCCCUGCAUCGCACUCGCUCCGCAGCCCAAUGAGCGGGUCCUGGACAUGGCUAGCGCGCCCGGCGGCAAGUCGACUUACUUGUCUGCGCUUAUGCAGAACACCGGCGUCGUCUUCGCAAAUGAUUCCAACAAGGCGCGAACGAAGAGCUUGAGCGCAAACGUUCAUCGCCUGGGCUGCAAGAACGUCGUUGUCUGCAACUACGACGCGCGACAAUUCCCUAAAGUGAUCGGAGGCUUCGACCGUGUGCUCCUCGACUCGCCCUGCUCCGGCACUGGCGUCGUCUCGAAGGACCCCAGUGUCAAGGCGAACAAGUCUGAGAGGGAUCUGCAGCUUCUAACGCACCUCCAGAAGCAGCUGCUCCUCUGUGCCAUCGACUCGGUCAACCCAAAGAGCGCCACGGGUGGCUAUGUGGUUUACUCUACCUGCUCGAUUCUCGUCGACGAAGACGAAGCCGUGGUUGACUAUGCUCUCAAGAAGCGACCCAACGUCAAGAUUGUUGACAGUGGCGUGCAGGUCGGCAGGGACGGCUUCACGGCCUACCGGGAGCGGCGCUUCGAUGCGAGGAUGAACUUGGCGAAGCGCGUCUAUCCCCACACGCACAACAUGGACGGCUUCUUCUACUGCAAGCUGAAGGUCGAGCCGCACAAGAGCACAAAGACCAAGGCGGGCGAGGAGAGAGAAGGCAGGUCAGAGACGUCGACCUUCAAGAAUGGAACUCAGGCCGACAGGACUCAGAAGAAGAAGGGCAAAGACGCUUCAGCAUCGGUCUUUGACGACGAUGAAGACGCCGUGCUGGUGGAGAAGACCAAGCAGCGACAAGAGAAAGUGAAGCAGCGGCGGCGCUCGUCGCAAAAGAUGGAAGCCUCACCUGUCGACGACGAUGAAGACGAGUAGUGAAUGCAUUGAUCUCUCUCGCUGUGUUUCCUUCGCUUAGAAUCAUGCCAUCAAUACUACUGUG